GGCGCUAAUCGCAAACAUAUUUUCCCCAAAUUUAGAGGUUAUGUUUAUAUUGGUUAAAAAAAUUUAAUUUUUUCAAUAAUUAAAAGCUAAAAUUAAUUAAAAAUGAGAUACGCUCAAUUAGUUAUAGGCCCUGCAGGAAGCGGGAAGUCUACGUAUUGUAACGCAAUAAUUGAGCACGCAAUCGAUUGUAAACGCACAAUAGACGUUGUUAAUUUAGACCCGGCCGCGGAACAUUUCGAAUACGAACCAAUCGCCGAUAUACGGGACUUAAUUCACGUUAACGAUACAAUGGAAGAUGAGGAACUUCAUUUUGGGCCAAACGGCGGUUUGAUUUAUUGUAUGGAGUAUCUAUUAGAAAAUUCCGAUUGGUUACAAGAAAAAUUGGGCGAUCAAGAAGAUGAUUACUUCUUAAUCGAUUGUCCGGGUCAAAUCGAAUUAUACACCCAUUUAACAACAAUAAAAAAAUUAAUAAAAACUUUACAAUCGUGGAAUUUUAAUAUUUGCAGCGUUUUUUUAUUGGAUGUUCAAUUCAUGAUUGAAGGAACUAAGUUUUUGUCGGGAACGAUGGCUGCUUUGAGUGUUAUGGUUAAUUUGGAAGUCCCCCACGUUAAUUUAUUAUCAAAAAUGGAUUUAUUAUCGAAAGGCGAUAAAAAACAAUUAGAUCGAUUCUUAGAACCUGAUUGUCACGCAAUUUUAGGCGACAUUGAGUUCCACUCAAGUCGAUUUAACGAAAAACAUAGCAAAUUAACAGAAGCUAUUGGAAGAUUAAUUGAGGAUUAUUCUUUGGUGAGGUUUAUACCUUUAAAUUUAAAAGAUGUGGAUAAUUUAAAUUCGGUUUUAAUCACUGUUGAUACCGCUUUACAAUACGGGGAGGAACAAGAUAUUAGAACAACCGAUUUUGAUGAGGGGGAUGUUGAGAAAUAAAUAGUUAUUUUAGUUA